UGAGAGAGACUCAAAUCAAAAGAGAAUCCACUCGCCGUCUCCUUCUCUGGUGGCGUCCAUUGCAGAGGUCCUCCGCUGUUUUCUGUUUUUCUUUUCCAAAAAAAAAAAAAUCUCUCCAAAAAAUUCUAUUCUUUCUCUCCAUAGACUUUUGCUUCUUCUUAAUCGGUCAAUUUUACAUUAGUUUCUUUACUUUGUCAACGAUGUCGUUUUUGUAGACUGGAAUGAGUUAGUUGUAAGAACGAACAAGUAGACAGUUAACAGAAUUGAAAAGAGUAAGAAAAUGCGGACGCUUUGCGACGUUUGUGAGAGCGCUGCUGCUAUUCUUUUCUGUGCAGCUGACGAAGCCGCUCUUUGCCGGUCCUGUGACGAGAAGGUUCAUAUGUGCAACAAGCUGGCUAGUCGACACGUGAGAGUAGGGCUAGCGAACCCAAGUGAUGUGCCACGCUGUGAUAUCUGUGAGAAUGCGCCUGGUUUCUUUUAUUGUGAGAUAGACGGUAGUUCACUCUGCUUGCAAUGCGAUAUGACUGUGCACGUGGGUGGUAAAAGAACCCACGGGAGAUAUCUUUUGUUAAGGCAGAGAGUUGAGUUUCCAGGGGAUAAGCUAGGUCGUUUGGAGGAGCUAGCACUUCAAACCAUUGAUCCAAGUAAAGUAAGGAGGGACCAGAUUCAACCACUUAAGCUCAUGGCAAGAGAGAGCCAGCAAAAUCAUAGGGCUUCUGUUGCUCCAAUGCUAGAUGGUGAUGCUGAUGGUGAUGGAAUGGUGGACAAUAAAUUAAUUGAUCUUAAUGCCAGGCCCCAACGUGGGCAAACUUCAAAUAAUCAGGGGAUGGAUGUUCUUAGUGGCAGUAAUCAUGAGUCACCUGGGGUGGUUCCUGUUGGAUCCUUCAAAAGAGAGCCUGAAAAAUGAACAAGUCAGAAUUCUCUGCUUGGCAUGCCACAUAUCAGAUGAUUUCUUCCUCUGGGGUGAAGAGUGGAAGAUCUAAUGAAAUUCUUGUUCAACCCAUAUGCAUAUUUGCCCUUGUAUCAGUGGAGGUUUAGAGUUGCUUUGUAUGUGCAUCUUGUUUGUUAAGUCUUUGUCUUAGUCUUGUCAUCAAGUCAGUGAGUCAUGGGCUAAAAUUUGUUUUGGCUUUGUAUUCUGGAUAUUUAUAAUAAGUUGUAUCUAUAUCAGCCUUAAGUUUUUCUAUCAA